AAAUCCACUUUUUUUCCACGCCACUAUAUUAAUGGAGGAAUGAAAGUUUUUGAAAGAUUGGUUAUGGAUGAGGUGAAAAAAAUUAAGAAACCUAUAUAUAGUAAUAUUAGUCGACAGCAAAGAAAAGCUAUGAAAGAAUUACAGUCUGAUACUAGUAUAGUUAUUAAACCCGCCGAUAAAGGCGGGGGCGUAGUUAUUUUAAAUAGGGAACAAUAUUAUUCAGAAAUAUAUCGUCAAUUAAAUGACUCCACUACCUAUAAAGAAUUAAAAGGAGAUCCUAUCACUCAGAUCAAGAAAGCUUAUUCAGAAUUAUUGGAUAGAGGUAAAGUACUAGAGAUCUUAAAUAAAAAAGAAUUUGAAUAUCUUGAUGUCACCUCCUGUAGGACUCCG